UGGGCUCCCUGAUAGUGCUGAUAGCGCAAACUUAUUACUUAAAUCAUUAAUUAUGAUAUUGUCAUUAAUGUGUAUAAUAGAAAUAUAAUCGCCCGACCGCCGUACACUUUUAUACUUCUCAAUUUUCAAUGUUUUCAGUGCUUAGCGGUGUAAGGUGUAACUACUUAUUCACGUUGAUAACUGCACGAUUUGCACACACAUAUCACAUAUUAAAUUUGACACAUUAAAAAAUAGUAUACGGCCAUGUAUGAAGUUUUCACCUACGGUCCGUAUUAAUAACCUUUAUGCGACUGUCGUCCUUAGCGACUAACGAGUGAAGUAGUUAUAUAACAGUAAAUAAUAUCGUAAUCGGACACCGCUGCCGCCUCCUCUCGGUAACAUUUAACUACAAGUUGUGUGGGUGUGUGUGCAUGUUGUGCGCACAAAUGUAACAUUCCACCAGAACCAGGACUAUCAGCAUCGCCAGGAUGGACGAGUCUGGAGACGGUCUAGCCACGACUGGCAGCAAGAUGGCCUCGCAGAGCUUCAAAGUAGUCCUGUUGGGUGAAGGGUGCGUGGGAAAAACGUCACUGGUACUUCGGUACACAGAAGACAAGUUCAAUGACAGACACGUUAGCACACUACAGGCGUCAUUUGUCAAGAAAAAACUUAAUCUCAAUGGACGAAGAAUAAACCUAUCGAUAUGGGAUACAGCCGGACAAGAGAGAUUUCAUGCCUUGGGGCCGAUUUACUACAGAAUGUCCAAUGGUGCAAUACUGGUUUACGACAUCACAGAUGAAGAUUCUUUCCAAAAAGUGAAAAAUUGGAUUAAAGAAUUAAAAAAGAUGUUAGGAAGCGAAAUUUGCCUUGUUAUUGCUGGAAACAAAAUUGAUUUAGAAAAAGAUCGUACAGUUUCAGUAGAAGACGCUGAAAAUUAUGCUAGUUCAGUUGGUGCUGUACAUUUUCAUACAUCAGCAAAAAUGAAUUCAGGCAUUGAAGAAAUAUUUUUAAGUUUGUGUCGUAUGAUGAUAGAAAAGGCUGAUAAACAAAUUGCUGAUAAUUUAGUCACAUUAAAUCGGUCAGGAAGUGCAAGAAGAAGAACCAUAAUAAUUGAUGAUGAGGACGAUGUGCCAUCCAAAGAAUCGUCUCGUUGGUGCUGUAAUAGUUAAUUAAUUGCAUUUUGCCGUACUAAAUAUGGUUUAAAGAUACCAAGAUUCAAGUUUAUUAUAUAUAUAUAUA